CCCCCGCGAACAGGCCAAUAAAAACAGAGAGUUGUUUCAUAACAGGACUGCAGUCCGUGCAGCUCCAGCUUCACCUCCGGGACUCAGCGCCGCAUCUCCUCACCAAUGGCAGCUCCGAAGAAAGUCUGCAUCGUGGGCUCCGGAAACUGGGGCUCUGCUAUUGCCAAGAUUGUUGGUGCCAAUGUUGUUCAAAAUCCCAAAUUUGACAACACAGUAAAAAUGUGGGUGUUUGAGGAGACUGUGAACGGGCGCAAGCUGACUGAAAUAAUUAACACCAGCCAUGAAAAUGUGAAGUACCUCCCUGGGCACAAGUUGCCAGCAAAUGUGGUAAGAAACCGUUGAUCUCUAACAUUUGCAUGUAAUCAUCAGAACAUUUUGGUGUUUGUGAUCCCUCACCAGUUUAUCGCCAAAGUGUGCGACACGAUGAAGGGAAAGGUUAAAAGCGACGCGCUCGGAAUAUCCCUCAUCAAGGCUUUCACCUUAGGUCUUACUUGGCUGAAACUUCGACUCUCUGAUGUGAUCCAGGAGAACCUCGGCAUCACAAUGAGCGUGCUGAUGGGAGCCAACAUUGCCAAUGAGGUUGCUGAUGAGAAGUUCUGUGAAACCACUAUUGGCUGUAAGAAUAAAAACCACGGGACUCUCCUGAAGGAGCUCAUGCAGACCAGCAACUUCAGAGUUACAGUAGUGGAGGAAUACGAUGUGGUGGAAAUCUGUGGCGCCCUUAAGAAUAUUGUUGCGGUGGGCGCAGGUUUCUCCGAUGGUCUGGGCUUCGGGGACAACACGAAGGCGGCGGUGAUCAGGCUGGGCCUGAUGGAGAUGAUUGCUUUCGCCAAGAUUUUCUGCAAAGUCGGGCCGGUUUCCUCGGCGACCUUCCUGGAGAGCUGCGGCGUGGCCGACCUCAUCACGACCUGCUAUGGCGGCCGCAACCGCAGAGUCGCUGAAGCUUUCGUCAAGACGGGGAAAUCCAUCGAGGAACUGGAGAAGGAGAUGCUGAAAGGGCAGAAGCUGCAGGGACCAGCAACAGCUGCUGAGGUUUAUCUCAUCCUCAAGCACAAAAACCUGGUUGAUAAGUUCCCCCUGUUCAACGCCGUGUAUCAGAUCUGCUUCCAGGGCCACCCGGUGUCGGAGUUCAUCAGCUGCCUGCAGAACCACCCAGAGCACAUGUGAUCCAUAGCGGAUUGUCGACUCCACGUUGAAGCUGCGCACAGUCUAUUUCUGACAUAUCGUUUAGGGAUUUCAUCCCGUUUCCAGAUGUGAAGAGAAACUUGAAGGAUAAUUUGUUUUGUCACCACAUGGCGGUCAGACAAAAAAAUGUUUUUAUGUUUCUAUGCUUGAUCUUAAUCACAUUUUCUGCUGUCCAUUUUCAGUUACAGCUAGACUGAACUCCACUCUUUGUAGGACAUCUAAAAAAAUGUGACCUUGAUUAUCAGUGUUUAUAUGCUACUACAUAAUCCGCUCUGAUAUUAAUGUUUUUAAUAGUUUUAUUAUUACAGCAUUAACGUGUCCGUCCAGUGAACCACCAUGAGUUAUUGGAUUGCAUACUAUCUCUCUAACUCUGCCCUCAUGUACUGUAAACGAAGGACGAUUUUAACCUGCAACGCUAAUGUGCCUUAUACUGUAGGGUUGGCCUUGAAACGGGUAAAUCCAAACUCUGUGCAGUUGUUCCAAACUUUUGAUUUAAAACUGAAGAUUUUUCAGUAAUUUAGGUAAAUUACUCCUUAAGGCAGCCAAUUUUCUGUUUGUCAGAAGCCAAUUUUAAAUGUUUUAUUUCUUAAAGAGUAAGUACUUUUGGAAACUUUAAUGAUCUUGUGUAAAUUAUUGGUAAAUGGUGUUAGAUCCCUAAUAAGGGACUUGGGUUUCUUUUAAAAAGAGCUGUGUUGUAUUGUCUGAUAAGAUCCAUCCACUAUGCCAUUUGUUACUGUGAUUCAACCUAAACAUGUUUGUAAUUUGAGACAAUAAGUUAAAGAAUAUCUUCAUCUGUCUGAAUAAAUCACUCCUGGUGUUUAA